UGAACCGGAGGGAUUUUUGAAUGGCGGACUGAAUUUUAAAAUGAGUUGGGCAGCAGAUGAAUGGAAGGAUGGGCUGCCAGCCCGGGCCCUUCAGAAAAUUGGCCAGAUAGAACAGCAAUUUGAACGACUAAAGAAAGAAAGGGACCAAAAGCAAUUCCAACUUGACGGCCUGGAACAGGCUCUUCAAGUGCAAAAGAGGAAGGUAGAAGAGGAGAAGAAUCAUGCAGUUGUGUAUAAGCGAGAAAACCAGAGCCUGUCUGAAAACUGUCAGGACCUGGAGCAGAAGCGUGCGAAGGUGGCACAGGAACUCACAACUAAGGACAAUCAUAUUUCCUGUAUAGAGGGCAAAUUGUCUCACACCAAGUCGCUGUAUGAGGCCGAGACACACAAGGUUAGUCAGCUUCAGACCGAGCUUGAAAAGCUCCAGAGAGAUUAUGACAAUUCCAUCAAGAAUAUGGAGAAACUGACAGCUGACCACCAGAAACUACAGGAGUAUAGCAAACAACAGAAAGUACAGCUGGACAGCCAGAAUGACCGCAUUAGGAAUCUGGAAAAUGACCUCAAGCAUAAUGUUGACCCCAGCAGAAAACCUGCUGUUCCUGCAUCAGUGCAAGGGACUGGCGCUGAUCUACAGAACAAGUUACAGCAGUUAAAUGCCAUGAGGGAGAAGGAUCAGAUGGAGAUCAAACAGCUGAAGGAGGAGUUAGAGAGACAGGCAAAGCAGCUUGGAGACCAGCUUAAGCAAUCCACAGUAGAAGUAGAGAAGUACCAGAAGCAAACAUCUGAUGUAUCUAUGAAGGUAGAUAACCAGAAUCGUGCCAACCAGAUGUCCAGUUCCAUUCCUGGUUUUGGCUCAUCAACCAAUCCACAGGCCAGCACAAAACCAGGCUUUGGGCAUUCAGCCAAUCACCAGGCUAGUUCCAUCCCUGGCUUUGGCUCAUCAACCAAUCACCAAGCCAGUUCCAUUCCAGGCUUUGGCUCAUCAACCAAUCACCAAGCUAGUUCCAUCCCUGGCUUUGGCUCAUCAACCAAUCACCAAGCUAGUUCCAUCCCUGGUUUUGGUUCACAAGUCAAUCACCAAGCCAGUUCCAUACCAGGUGGGAUCGGUACCGAGUCUAUUGGUGCACAGAACAGUAAAGCAGCCAAUGGGAGCUCCUGGUCUAGUGGUGGUGACUGGAAGGACGGUUUGUCGUCACAAGGACUUCAGAAAAUUGGACAAAUUGAGGCUCAGCUGGAUAAGGUCAAGAAAGAAAGGGACCAGAAACAGUUCCAGGUGGACAGUUUGGAGCAGGCAUUAAACAACCAGAAGAGGAAGGUUGAGGAGGAGAAGAACCAGGCUGGCAGCUUAAAGAAAGAGAUACAAACACUGUCAGCUAGCUGUGAGGCUAUCGAGCAGAAACGACAGAAGUUAGCACAGGAGGUUCAGGUCAAGGACAACCGAAUAUCAUGUUUGGAUGGUCAGCUGGCUCAUGUCAAGGCACAGAUGGAGGCAGAAACCCAGAAGGUGAGCAAGCUACAAGCAGAGGUGGAGAAGGCACAGUCUCAGCAGCAGGAGGCCAUUCGCAAAUUUGAGCAGGUGUCAGAGGAGCAGGGCAAAUUAAAACAGCGGGCACAGUUGGCACAGCAGGAGCAGAAACAGGCCACAGAGAGCAUGACGCAGAUGAAGAAGAAUGAGAGCAUUAUACAGAAGAAGCUGGAAAGCAAGGAGGACGAGGUGAACAAAGUGAAGGAUGAUCUCAAGGUCAUCAAGGACAGUCUCACAGAGAAAGAUAGACAGAUGCAACAGAUGCAGAAAUCUUGGCAACAGACAGAAGCUCGAAUAAAACACCAGAGUGGCGAGAAGGAGGCGGAGUACAAAACGAUGGUCGAGAAACUGUCAGCAUCAGAAAAGGAACUGCGACAGCUGCAGAGUGAGCACAGAAACCAACAGAACCAGUUCCAGGAUCUGAAGAGUUCCAUCGAGAAAAAGGAGAAGGAAAAUGCUCAGCUGUCCCACAAUAACUCGCAGUACCAGUCCGACCUGGACGCUCUACAGAACAAACACAAGAAGGCCAUGGACGAGUACCAUUGUCUGCAGACAAAACUUGACCAGCUCCACUCCAGCCACAUGACGUCCACUACCCACCUACAACAGUCCAAGAAGCUGUUGGAGGACAAAGAGACAGAAAUCAAGGAGCUGAGGAACACACUUGAGGGUCUGCAGGACCAGGCAAUUAAGAGUGAGGAGCGGCACCAGACAGCACUUACCGAGCUACACAGUCAGAUGACCAAUGUCCAGCAGGCUGCGGACACCAAGGCAGCAGAGAUCACUUCACUCGAGAUGCAACUGCUAUCUGUACAGAUGCAGGUGGACUCGGUCAAUCAGAGCAACGCAGGACAGAUAUCCGACCUUGAGCAGAAGGUCAAGGCUCUGGAGGUCAGUGAAGGUCAAAUGAAGGACGUUUUACAUAAUAAAGAACAGGAGAUUGACACCAUGAAAAGGACUCACGAAGGAGCUUCACAUGAGCUAAAUAACGCUAAGGAAGCUCUGUGCGAACAGGAGGAGAAAUGUAAAAGUAUUACCAGUGAGUUAGAGGAAACAAAGAGAAAAUUAGAACUUGCCAAGGAUUCCGUAGACUCGCACAUGAAAGAAAUCAAAGUUGUUAAAACUGAGUUGUCUGCUGUUCAAGAACAGUCUGCAAAUGAAAGCAGUAAAAUCGCAAAGGAGGCAGAGGAAGUCAGAGGUCAGCUGAAAACUUGUGAGGUUGAGAAAGAGACACUCAAGGAAAUUGUUUCUAAGAAGGAAUCUGAGUUAGAGGAGAUGGCGAAUAAGUUUGACAGUCUGUCAUCGACAAAACAAGAACUGGAAGUGAGACUUGCAACUCUGACUGAGGAGCAUGAAACCUUGGUUGCUGAAAGACAAACCCUCUCCACUAAGUUGGAACAGGCAGAGAGUGCUCUGGCAUCAAAGACCAGUGAACUGGGAAAUUUAGCUGAACAACUCAAGUCCUCUAGGGACCAGCUAAAUUCUGAUAUGGAGGUAAAACAACAGCAUUUGAACAGUGUACAAGGAGACCUGGAUGCUAUCAAGGACAAGCAUGACAAAAUGGCUGAAAUGCUUGUAGUGAAGGAACAAGAAUGUGAUAAGCUUGGACUGGAAUUAGCCGAGGUGAAGACUGAGAGCUCCACUCUGGCUGACAAGCUUCAGGGAUACCAUGACCAGCUUGGGACAAUGGAGUCAGAGAACUGUCAACUGAAGGAUCAGUACGAUCAAGCCAACUCCACUGUGGUAAGCAAGAACCAGACUCUUAUGGAACUAGAGACUGAAUUGUCGUCGGUAAAAGAAAAGUCUGAAAGCCGUUGUCAAGAAUUGUUUGACUCUCUCUCCAAGACACAAGAGGAGUAUGAGUUGUGUCUUGUUGAGAAGGACAAAGCCCUUGAGGUUGUGAAACUCAAGGAAAGCUUGUGUGAGAAAUUACAGACAGAACUAUCUGAUCUCAAGGCUUCUGAGAAAGAUUUUGGUGUCAGGUUGGAAUCUACAGACAAAGAAAUGAAAGAUUUGGUUAAGGAGAAAGAACAACUUCUUAGUAGGCUGUCACAAGCCAACGCCACUGUGGAAGGGAAGUCUGCAGAAUUAUGUCAGUUACACUCAGAACUGGGUGAAGUUCAGAAACAAGCUGAAGUUGAACUGAAAAAGAAGGCAGAGAGUCUGGACAGCACUAGUGAGGAGCUUCAACACAUAAUGGAGAAACACGAUAAAAUUAAAGAGUCUCUGAGAGUCAGAGAGGAGGAGCACACAAGCGUUCAGGACAAAUUGGAAAACUUGCGGAAGGAACACAGUGAACUUGCACAGAAGUGCCAGUCUCUAACAGAUCAAAUAGAAACCAUGUCAUCAGACACAGCUCUACUGAAGGAGCAACUGUGUCAAGCAAAUGAUGCUGUCACCACUAAGAGCGAGGUGGCUAGGAACAUGGAUGCUGAGCUUUCUGCUCUCAAAGCAAAAGCUGACACUGACUGUCAGGAGUUGUCUGAAAGUGUGACCAAUUUACGUGAAGAGAAUUCUAAAUUUCAAGAAGAGAAAAUGAAAAUGACAGAAUUGAUCAAGGAAAAAGAUGAAGUUAAUGCUAAAUUGAAGGAAACUCUGAAUGGACUUCAAAGUGAACAUAAAGAAUUGGCCAACAAGUGUCAGAGCCUGUCGGAGGACCUAGAAACAUUGGAAAAAGAGAAUGGAUCAGUGAAGGAACAGUUACAACAGGCGAAUGAGGCUGUGGAGGGAAAAAGACAGACUAUCAUGUCAUUGGAGACUGAACUGCGGAGUGUCAAGGAAGAAGCACAGUCUGUAUAUACAUCUACAGACUCAGUCAUGUCUGAGCUCAAACAGCAACUCGACACACUAACCACAGAGAAAGACAAAGGAGUUGAGUUGAUAAAGUUCCGUGACCAGGAGGUUGAGCGGCAAAAGGCAGAGCUGUUCUCGCUGACAGAGAAUCAUCAACAGCUCCAGACCAAGAUGGAAAUGUUACAGAUGGAUGUUGAGGACAAGGAUGAGUGUAUGGAAGAUCUGGAUGGCAAGGUGCAGGGGUUGGAGCAGAGUCUGGCAGCAGUUAAUCUCUCGCUUUCACAAAAGGAGCAGGCUCUUACCAAGGCAGAGGCGGAGAUGGACGACGUCCUGGCCAGACUGGACAGUCUGAGAGAGGAGCAUACUGCUUUGGAACAACGCUGUCAACAACAGACAUCACAGCUGGAGCAACAGACAUCUGUGGUCAACAAACAAGCUCAGGCGUUACAGGAGGAUGGAGAGAAACACCAGCUCCUCUGUGAGGAGUCGGAUAAGCUUAAACUCAGCCUGAUGGAGAUGACAUCAUCUUAUGAGGACAAAGACAAUCAGAUUCUAAAAAUGAACAAUACAUUGAAUGAUUUGGAGUUGUCUGUCACAAGCUUGAAAAAUGAUCUAUUUGAGAGGGACGAAAGCAUCAACAGCUUACAAGUACAGUGUAGUAAACUUCAAGACGACUGGGAAAGCAGAUGUUCAGAUCUCAGUGAGCAGACAGAAUGCAACCAGCGCCUUGAAAAGCAAGUUGUAUCACUUGAGAGUUCACUUACUGAGGUCCAAUGUAAACUGGAUCACAAAUGUGCUGAAUAUGAUCAACUCAGCAACAAGUUUGCCGACCUUAAAACUAAAAUGGACGAGAACGAUUCCACUAUCAAAGAGUAUCAUGAUACAAUUACACAACUCAGGUCUUCAAUUCAAAUUAAUGAGGAAAAACUCAAGAGUUUGCUGACUGAAAAGGAAAAAGUUCAGAAAUCCAGUUUGAAAGACAUGCAGAACCUUCAUGUUCAGUUAGAGUAUAAACAGGAAAUAUUAGACAGGAAAGCCAAGGAACUUCAGAAACUCCAGGUUAACAUGGCGGACAUACAGUCACUUCUCAACACACACCGAGAGGAGCUGCAACAAGCCAAGGAAAGUCACAAAACUUUAACACAGGAAUGUGAUCUUCUGCAGACAGCAUUAGGGGAUGCAACUGAAAGUCUGGAGACCAAAACAGCAGCUUAUAAUUCACUUAUGGAUUCCAAUGGCACAAUGGAAGAGAAAUUAAGAAGUCAUUUGGAGGAAGUCGAGAACAAGGUAAAAGCUCUCUCUGAUGAGCUAAAUGCAGCUAAGUGUAAACUAGAGAUGAUGGAAAUGGACAUUGAAGAUCGGGACGCAACAAUUGCUGAUAUGGCCGACAAAUCUGAGAAUCUCACCAACAGUACAGACAGUCUCAGGGAAGAAAACACUAGACUAAAGGCAUCCGUUUCAAGUUUGGAACAAGAAGCAGAUAAAUUCAAAGGGAGAUGUUUAGACUUGGAAGUGGACCUGAAAAGUGCCUGCGAUCAGCUUGGUGACAACAUGAGAAAAACAGGAGACAUGGAAAACGAACUGAAGCAAAAACUUGACACCAUGCUGUCAGAGAAAAAUCAAAGCAAUCAAGAACUGAAGGCACUGAGUCAAAAAUUGGAAGAAAAUGAAAGACUGAUUUCCCAGAGAAAUGAGGAAAGAGAGAAAAGGGAUAAUGACAUGGAAAAUGUGAACAAACAAUUGGAGGAUGUACUGGAUCAACUCAAAAACAAGGAGGAAAGCUUACAAAACAAUGUCCAGGAACUGAUGUCUUUGAAAGAUAAAUCCAUGAAAUUGUCAGAGGAGUAUGAUGCACUAAUGAUAAAGAACACUUCAUCAGAUAAUGAUAUGGAAGCCCUUAGACUGCAAGUAGAAAGUCUGACGAAAACACUUGAGGAGAAGGAAGUACUUGUUAGCGAACUUCAAAUUACAAUAGAAACAAAAUUGAAGGCAAUCGAGUCACUCCAAGAUGAAAUGGCAUGUCUGAAGGAAAGUUCAGACAAAACCCUGCUUUGUGUAAAUGAGGAAAAGCAUGAGAAAGAACGAAAUAUCAAACAUCUGGAAGAAGAAAGAGAAUCUUUAAGAAAUAAUCUCCAGGAAAAGCUGAGUGACAUCAGUCGAUUGGAAUCAGAAAAAGAACUACUCCAACAGGAAUUUGAUGACAAGAUGAAGGCAUCAUCUUCGGAUGGGGAGCAGCUGAAAAAAGAUAAAUAUGAUUUGCAAGAAAGUCUCAAAACCUCUAAGAACGAAGAAAUUGCAUUGAAGCAAAAUGUUUUUGAACUUGAGUCACUUGUGGAGGAACUGAAAUCUCAUAUUUCUAGCCUGGAUGAAAAAAAUUCAAAGUUGUUGUCUGAUGAAGCUGCUAUGGAGGUGAAGAUGACCGAAAGAAUGAGUGAUAGUGAGAGUUCCCUGCAGGAACUAAGGAAGGAAUUCCAGGAAAAAGAGGAAGCAAGGUUUGAACUACAGACAAACUUGGAAACAUUGACAGAGGAAAUUUCUAACAAGGAACGAAAUUGGGGAGAUCAGGAAAAGACUUUAAUAAGUAAACUUACAGAAUCAACAGAUACAAUUUCUAAUCUGGAGAAAAAUCUCGCGGAGAUAACAGAACAGUGUGGGGAUUUGGAGAACAAAUUGGUUAACCUGACUGCAAGUGUAGAAAAUGAAACAUCUGAGCUGAAUCACACUAUAGCUUCUGAAAGGAAGAAACAAGUGGAUCUGCUGAAGCAGCAGGAAAAGGAAUUUGAUAUUAAGAAGCAAGAUUUGCUAAGUAAACUGGAAACUGUGGGUCUGGAGUUAUCUCUCAAAGAACAGGAGAAUGCUCAAUUAAAUAACGAGUUGGAUAUAGUGAAGAAAGAGAAUACACGCCUGAAGGACACCACUAAUCAGGAGCAUAUAGAUAUGUGUGAGUCUCUGGCAAGUCUGCAGAAUCAACUCGAGGCAAUGACCAAUACUAGUACCAUGAUGGAGGAGGAAAAGAACCGCCUGGAAAAUCUCCUUGACCAGGAGAGAGCAGAGGUCAAGCUGCUUACUGAUAAAGUGACCAGUCUGGAGACAGCGGUCAGUGAUGCUACUGUGAAAUUGUCGCAGGUCAAAGAUGAAUUCAUUGCAAAGGAGAUGCAGUUCCAGGAAAACAUUAAAGAGCUGGAAACAGAGAAAAACAAACUCAACACUGCAUUGGAAGUAUCUGCUGCUGAUCUGGAAAAGUAUACUGCUGACAAAACUGACAUGGAAAACAAUCUUUUGGAGAGAGACUCACUUUUACAGAGUUCUCAGAAUGACCUGACAGUCCUUGAAAGUGACAGGAAGCGUUUAGAAGGCUUGGUAACAUCCCUUGAGAGUGAAAAGAGCACUCUUCAGUAUAGAUUGGACGAGUUGCAGUCAGAGUUGUCUGCCCUGCAGUCAGAGAAGGCGCAAACUGUGCAAACAGCCGAGGAGACCAAAUUUGAGCUGGAGACCAAAAAAGACUUAUCAGAGACACUCCAGCAACAGUUGGACCAACUACAAGCAGAUCAUACACAGGCAACAGAGAAAGUCAGCCAACUGCUGUCGGAGAAGGACUCUCUCUUGCACAGUUUUGAGAAGGUGACUGGUGACAAGAACGAUCUCACCGUCAGACUGGAGGAAUUGGAGAAGUCAUCGCAGGACAGCGAGGAGAAACUUAUGUUUGAACUGAGCAAUACAAAGGAACGUUUGUCAUCUGAUCGUCUUAAAAUGUCAGAAAUGAAAUCAGAGUGUGAAACCUUGGGGCAUAAACUGAGUGAGAGUGUCGAUGUCAGUGCUGCUCUUCAGCAAGAGAAGGAAGAUAUAUUACUGAAACUGGGAAAUCUGGAACACAAUUCCUCAGAUUGGGUCGACAAAAUCUCCUCUCUCGAGCAGAAGUUGAAGCAUAAUGAGGAAGCCCUGGAUUAUAACACGAAACAGUCAGCUCUGAUGGAAGAGGAAAGAAACAGUCUCAAAGCAAGGGUGGAGGAGUUUGAAAGAGAAAUCAUGGACAAUGAGGAGAAUCAGAAAGUACUGGAAUCAGACUUGAUGUCAGCAGAAAAAAGAAUAUCUGAUUUGGAAGAGGAAGUAGAAACUAGUAGAUCUAUGAUGGAAGAUCUUCAGAGAGAACUUCAAGUUUCUCAAGAACAAGUCAGUGCCAAAGAGGCUGAAAUUGUACAUAUGAAGGAAGAGCUUUCCUCUAAUGUCCUCCGGGCCACAGACACAGCUUCUGAAAUUUCUACUGUAGAAAGAAGACUGGAGGCUCUAAGUUCUGAGAGAGAGGAGGAGAGACAAAGACUGGAAAAUAUCAUAGCUGAAAAUGAGAACAGUAUAGAAGAACAUAAGGAGAGAAUCUCCUCUCUGAAUAUGCAGCUUGAAUCCCUUCAGUCAAAGAUAAACAGUGAAGAAUCAGAGAAGGAAAAGUUAUCUGGAAUUUUACAAGUAAAUGAAUCAAAUAUGGAGGACAUUUUGUCAGAAAAAGAACGUCUUAGUGACCUCCUUUCUGAAACAUCACAAGAAAGUGCUGACCUGAGACACAAGGUCACAGAGCUAGAAAAACAGAUAGCAACAUUGAAGGCUGACAACCGGUACUUAGAAGACCAAGUAUCGGAGUCCCAAUCACAGCUCCAGGCCACCCAGACUUUCUCCCAGGACAUUCAAAACCAGCGAGACUCCCUGGGCACAGACUACAAAGCCAUUCAGGAUCGCAUCAGCCAGCUAAGCACGGAAAACCAGGAAAUGGUCAGCAAAGCCCAGCAAGCAAGCAUAGAGGUGGAACGUUACAAAAUCCAGCUUGAGGAAACUGAAGAACGCUCCGAACAGCAAACUCAGACAUUCUCUCAACGCAUCUCUGAUCUACAGGGUGAGGUUCAGAACCUAGCCUCGCUAGUGAGCUCCUAUGCUGAGGACAUGAAGUGCUUACAAGGAGACAAAGAGGACCUGAGCACCUGUGUUCAGAAGAUGGAGAUCGAGAUGAAAUCGGCCAAAGAUGAUCUUGAGACAAAGCAGAGUCAGAUCAAAGAGCUGGAGGCCAUUGUACAGCAGAAUCAGAAAAUUAGCUCAGAUUUAGAAGCAGAUUGUCAGAAAUGGAAGGAAAAGAGCGAAAGAUUAGAAGAAGAAUACAGUCAGAAGAUGUCGGAGGUGGAAUGGAUGUCUGUAGAGAAGGGGGAAACACAGGAGACUGUGAGUGGGUUAGCUAAGGACAAGAAAGACCUCUCCCAGACAAUUGAAACACUGCAACAGAAUCUCACAGCAGCCAGGGAUGAAAUAGAAACACUGCAGAAUAGUGUUAGCACUGGAAACACCCAACUCAAUGUGUUAGAGAUGGAAAAUCAGGAACUCAAAACUUGUAUUGUUGAUAAAGAACAGAACAUUACUAAAAUUCAGAAAGAGCUGGAAGAUUUCACGAACAAAUUGAAGAAAGUUGAGGGUGAAAAACAAGCAUGUCAGCAACAGAUUGAUGACUUUGUCCUUGAAAAAGAACAAAUGGUGGAUAGAACGAUAGCUGCCGAGUCAGAUUUGUCUGUGAUUAAGGAAAAUCUUGUGGGUCUGAGUGCCGCACAGGCAGAUUGGGAAACCUCCAUGAAGAAGAAAGUUACCAAGAUACAGGAGAAAGAGGCGCAGAUCACCGGACUUAAACAAGAGAUAGACAAACUUACCGGCCAGGUGGAUGAACAAGUGAGACAGUUAGUGGAGCUGCAGGGGAAAUUGGAGAGUCUGACCAAAGAAAAGAAGGCCACAGAGACUGAUAUGGAGUGCUUCAAGGAUGCUAUGGAGUCACUGGAGAUGGAGAGUGAAAGUCUGAACGUCGAGAAGGCCACACUCGAAUCUGAAUUAAAACAGGUAAAGGUGGAGAGAGACGAUGCAAAGCAGACUGUGAUGAAGUUGGAGCAAGAGUCACAAAAGGUAGAUAGGAGUAAGGAGAUAGAAAUGGAGCAGGAACGAGCAUCUUGGAUCGUUGAGAGAGAGGACUUCAGGGAUAGGAUCGACUCACUCAAUGCAGAAAUCGCAGAGAUAAAUGAUAAAUUUAGCUCCUGCUCACAGAAACAAAACAAUCUGAGUGGUGAGAAUGUGAAUCUUACAGCCAAAAUACAGGAGCAUGAAGACAAAGUGAAACAACUAGAAGCCCAGGUUUCUACCCUUACUGACAAUUUAGACGUUCUUAAUUCUGAGAUGUUGGAGGCGUUAGAAAAACACAGAGUUGUGUGUGAAUCUGAGAGAAGUGUAAAGGCUGAGUUGAUCGAGGCCAACAGACAGUUGGCACGAGUAACUGACAAGUUGAACACCAGGGAAGAUUCAGUGCAGGAGGUCAAAGGACAACUUGAGAAGCUGAGUUCAGAGGUCAAGACACUGACAAGCAACAAUGUGCGCUUGACGCAGCAGUGUGCCACACAGGAGCGGGAGAAGGGUGAACUUCUGGGAGACUUCCUCAACCUGGAGAAUGAUAAAGCACAGCUACAGAGGACUAUUGAUGCUCUCAAACUUGAGGUUGAUGACGUGAAGGGAGAAUGUCGUGACAAGGAGAAGGAGACUGAGCAUGUCAAGAAGCAGCUGGCAAGUGAGGAGGAACAACGCGUACAGCUGGAUGAUCAGCUGUGUGCUGUACAGGCAGAGCUAGCCACGACCAGUAGUUCACUCACCAAAUACGAGCAGGCCAACACCACCCUGGAAGCCAUCAAGGAGGAAUUCACAAAGAGGUUUGAACAGAUGAUAGCUGACCUUUCCGAAAAGGACAACAACAUUGCAGAAAUGGAGUCUGCCCACAAAGCUGAGGUGGAGAGGCUCACUUCAUGUCACACAGAGGAAGUUGAGAGGAUGAUGGGAGAUAACUCAAUGACAACAGAGAGGAUGAAAGAACAGUACGAGUCGGAGUUGCAGCAGCUGCAACUGGCUAUCACAGAGCUCGAGACACAGGCUGUGGGAGGUCAGGAUAGUGGAGAGGUACAAGCAGCACUUGACCUGGCUGAGAGACAGAUCGCAGAGCUUAACGACAAAGUGAAGACGCAGACAGCUGAGGAAGAGAAACUUGUCAAGGUGAUGAAGAAGUGGGAGAGCCGGUGUUCACAGCUACAGACCGAGCUGUCUGCAGAGAAAGCUCGCUCACUCAAGCUCAAACAACUGCGUGGCAACAAGGAGCCAGACUCUACGCCGGACAACAAAGAUGUGGAGGAGAGACUAAAGACCGCUGAAGCAGAGAGGGAUAAAUACGAGGAAGAUUUACUGAAGUCGAUGGCCGAGAGAAACACCUUAAAACAACAGAACAUUUCACUAAAUACCAAAGUGACAGGACUAAUUAAAAUGUUGAACAUGCAGAAAAAAGAACCGAGAUCAGUGUCACAGGUUUACGAUGUGCCUUCUGUCAACACUACCGGGGAUCAAGUGACAUCCAAAAAGGAAACGAAAGACUUCACUGUAGUGAAACCUGAACCACGACGUCCAAUCAGUUCUAAUAAAUUAGACAUUCCAGCCGUUUCUGUCUCAAAACCAAAAUCUCCAAGUGUACUCCCAGUGUCUCAUAAACCAUUGACAAGGUCUUUAUCUUCCCAAAUCUUCCCAAACUCUUCAAAAGACCUUCAUUCAACAACUAAAUCACAGACUCAAAUGUCUCAGCUCCGAGUUCAACAGCAACAGAGGGAUGGUAAAUCACCCGAUAGGAUAUCUUCCUCACCGCUCACAAGAGCAAUGAGUUUGAAAUUAUCUAGUGAAAAGUCUUCCGGGAUACCAACCCUAACACGAUCUCAGGAAAAACGCAAACUCCAGACAGAGGCUCGGGAUGAAGUUGUGCCAAAGAAAAUCAAAAGUGCUGCAGAUCUGCAACUCAACAAGAAACCUCUCGGUACAAUCACCAACAGCCCUAGUAAGGUCUCGCACACGUCGGACGAUCUCACGAAAAAAGUGGGACAAGCAAAGAGAGUGCUCAGUCUACGCAAAUCUCCAGAGAUGCGUAAACACCUACGUAAAACAGACUCUCAGAGUUCUAGUGCGAAAGACGCAGAUAAUCAAGACUGUAAAAUGCAAUAGUUAGGUUAUAAGUGUAUUUAAGUGUAGACAUAAUGUUGUGUUCGUCGUCACGGAACAAAGUUUUAGAGAUUAGAAAUUACAUGACCACUUAUAGAUUCUCUUUAUUAACAGAUUAAGUUGAUUGUACAGUCAUGUGUGUAUUUUUUUUGUAAAUUGAGAUAUGUAUAUACACCCAUACUAGUAAAAGUUUGAUUAUAUACAGUAAAACCUGCUUUAAGUGGAACUUGGAUAGGUCUGUAAUACCUGCCCUAAGUUAAGUAAGAAAUUUAGUUCCAAUCUUUUUAUAAAAGCCUUGUAAUUUUCAUUCCAAAACUUUUAACAAGUUUUACUAUAUAUAAAAAAAAUAUAAAUAGUGAUGUAUAUAAACACAUCUUUUCUUUCUGAUCUGCCCUUCAUACCUACAAGUGUCUAAGUUGUCAGUUGUAUCAAUUUGUUUUUUUAGUUUUUGUUGAUAAUUGUUAAUGAUACAGAUUCUGAACAUUUUAAAUGUCCAUGUUGUAUAUAUUUGUGCAUGUUCAAUGAAGCCUUUCUACUAAAAAAAAAAAAGAAAUAUAUAUUUUGGCACAUAGCUGCCGUACUUAUGGAAGAUUUUGGGGAAAGUUUUUGUUCGUUAUUGCAAAGACAGAAAUGUUGAUGUUCGUUAAAUGAAUUGCCUUAAAAAAUUAUAGUGAAUGCUUUUAAUUACUUGAACUAAUCAUUAGAAAGGGAUGGGAAGCUCACUGAAAUGUGCUGGUACCCGGUAGUAUGGUAACUUAAAUUCAUAAUACAUGUACAUCCAUUUUCAACUCCAAUAUAUAUCAUACAUUGAUCUGAAAUAUACAAUCCCUCUAUGAUUAGUUUUGGAAUAGCCUACAGAACGUUCUAUUGGACUAUAUUCUAUUAAAAGGGAAAUGGAAGACACAGUAUUCGAAGUUAAUGCAGCAUUGUUAAUAAGACUAAAUGUUAUAUUUAUACAUUUUGUGGUUUGUCAGGUUAUUAUUUGUAUAUUUAACGACUUAACCUUCAUUUUAGCUUAAACAGUAACUUUUAUUCGGAGAGGAAACUUAGUAAACAGGAUUGGAUAUGCUACUAAUCUGUUCAGUUAUGACACUAGGUUAAGCUGAACUAUGUUGCCGUUAUAACACUUUAAUACCUCUGAAGGAAGAAAUUUGGAAAAUUCAAAGUUCAACUUCUAAUAUCAGUCUUGAUUGUCAAUUUUUUUCAAAAUGGGUUUUUCAUUUCCACCUGGUAUUUGAUGAUUAUGUACCACAAUUUGGCAUACACAGGGAUGAUUUUUUUUCUCUUUUCAGAGUAUUUCCUCUUUUUACCAUAUUUUGAAUUUCCUUACAUCCCUGGAUCAUGCUGUCAGAAAUGAAGAUGUCGUCCAUUAUUAGGGUCGUUAGUUUGUAGAGGUAGGAAACUUCCACACAUUUUAUAUGACUAGUAUUCACAUAACCUAUAGCACAACCUUCUUUUAUUAGGUUAAGUUUGCAAAGGUAGAAUAUCACAUCUGUAAAAUGUCUGGCAGUGGAAUACAUUGAAUACAAAGGCUAAAUAAAGGUGCAACUCAAUUAUUUUUAUACCUGGUAAUGGAAUCUCCAAAUAUUUGGUCCUUUUGUACAUGUAAUGCUUGAUUUGUAUUCAAUAUUAACACCAAAUAUGAGACGAGAUUAUUAUUUCGGCUAGUUUUCAGUCAUCAAAGACCUUUAAUUCUGGUUGAUAACCUAGGCCCUUUUGUGUUUUCGGUUCAACCAGUUAAACCCGAAAGAAAACGACAGGCGCAGAUCAGAACUGAGGCUUACCUCGGGAAUAUUUAGCACGUGUAGAUUGAGGGGUCCAGCCAGACAUGCCUGCCAAAACUAAAUUGCCGACUAUUGCCAUUUUGCAUUAUUUCUUUAUAAAACAAGGUCAAUCCACAUAUAGAUUUUAAUAUAUGUUACAUAAUUUAGUGGACAUGGGUAAGAAAGAUAUAUUAUUCUUGAUAUAUCGUUAUUUAUUCUCCGAAACUGCAGGGUUUUUUAGCUCUGCCCAUGGUUCGGUCUAAAUGCGAUCAUUUAUCAUGGAAUAUUUCCGUGCCACCUGAACUGUUUAACCCUAGUAUCCAUAUCACUAAUUUUUCCAUCAUGGCAGUCAAAUGCACAAAUGUCAUUAGUAAAGUAGAAAUUUCUUAUGAUGACUAGCGUACUACAAAAUUAUAUUAUAUCCUGAUAAGUCUCUGGGUUAACCAGUCUUUAGGGAAUUUUUUUAACCUUUCUGGAAUCACCCAUGUUAACGAUAUGGAUAACUGUGUCGUACAAUGUAUUUCAAUAUGGACAUUUUCUUUUUAUUAUCAAGGUACUCGUUAAUUUUAU